AUGUCGAUGUUGAAGCAAGUCCUUCCUCGAGUUUGGAUCCACUCCAGAAAUGCCUCAAAAGUCCAGGGCGCUGUCGCGGGCAUCGAUCUCGGCACCACCAACUCCUGCGUCGCAGUCAUGGAGGGUACCUCGGCGAAGGUUCUUGAGAACUCCGAGGGUCAGCGAACCACCCCAUCGUACGUCGCGAUCACCGCCGAUGGCGAGCGAUUGGUCGGUGCUCCUGCCCGUCGACAAGCCGUCACCAACCCGGCCAACACCUUCUAUGCCACCAAACGAUUAAUCGGCCGACAACACAGCGACCCCGAGCUCAAGAAAGAUAUUGACGCCUCUCCAUUUAAAAUUAUUAAAGCUAAUGGCGGUGACGCCUGGGUCGAAGACACCGAAGGCAAAAGAUAUUCACCCUCGCAAGUUGGCGCUUUUGUUUUAACGAAAAUGAAGGAAACUGCUGAGCUCUAUUUGGGAUCUAAAGUUAAUAAUGCUGUCAUCACUGUUCCUGCUUAUUUUAACGACUCUCAGCGACAGGCUACGAAGGAUGCUGGACAGAUCGCCGGCCUUAAUGUUCUCCGAGUCAUCAACGAGCCCACCGCCGCUGCCCUCGCAUACGGUCUCGACAAAGACGAAGAUAAAGUCAUCGCCGUCUAUGAUCUUGGAGGAGGAACCUUCGAUAUCUCCGUCCUCGAAAUCCAGAAGGGUGUCUUCGAAGUCAAAUCUACCAACGGUGACACUCUUCUUGGCGGUGAGGACUUUGACAAUGCUCUCAUCGACUACAUCUGCGCUGAGUUCAAGAAGCAAAGCGGAAUCGACAUCUCCAAGGAUGUCCAGGCCGUCCAGCGAGUCAAGGAAGCCGCUGAAAACUCGAAGAUUGAACUUUCCAGCUCUACCCAGACCGACAUCAACCUUCCCUUCCUUACCAUGGACGCUACUGGCCCCAAGCACUUGAACUUGAAAAUCACUCGAGCUCAGUUCGAAGGCAUCGUCGACAAGCUCAUCCAGCGAACUGUCGAGCCAUGCAACAAGGCGAUCAAGGACUCCGAGUUCUCCAAGAGCGAGAUCAACGACGUCCUCCUCGUCGGUGGCAUGUCCCGAAUGCCAAAGGUCCAGAGCAUCGCCGAACAGAUCUUCGGAAAGACACCAUCCAAGGCCGUCAACCCUGAUGAAGCUGUCGCCAUUGGUGCCGCCAUUCAGGGAGGUGUCCUCGCUGGUAACGUUACCGACGUCCUCCUCCUUGAUGUCACCCCACUCUCCCUCGGUAUCGAAGUCAUGGGUGGACAGAUGGACAAGCUCAUCAUGCGAAACACCACCAUCCCCACCAAGAAGACUAAAACCUAUUCCACCGCCGCCGACGGUCAGACCCAGGUCGAGAUCAAGAUCUACCAGGGUGAGCGAGAAAUGGCUGGCGACAACAAGAAGCUCGGAAACUUCCAGCUUUCUGGAAUCCCACCAGCACCCCGAGGUGUUCCACAGAUCGAAGUUACCUUCGAUAUUGACGCCAACGGUAUUGUCAACGUUGGAGCUCGAGACAAGGGAACUGGCAAGGAGAUGAGCGUCGUUGUCCAGUCUUCUGGUGGUUUGAGCAAGGACCAGAUCGAGAACAUGGUCAAAGAUGCCGAGAAGUACGCCGAGGAGGAUAAGAAGCGACGAGAACUCAUCGAGGAGCGAAACCGAGCUGACCAGGUCAUCCACGAUAUUGACACCAAACUCGAUGAGUACAAGGACCAGCUCGACGCUGACGAGGUCAACCAGCUCAAAGAAGAUGCCGCUUCUUUGAAAUCUUACAUGGCCAACGACGACUGCAACCCAGAAGAAGUCCGCGAGAAGUACGGUGAUCUCCAGAAGAGAUCUAUGAAGCUCUUUGAGAUUGCUUACAAGAAGGGUAUGGAACAGAACGCCGGCAGCUCCUCGGAAGAAAGCAAAGACGAAAAGAAGGAAUAA